AUGGAAUCCCAUCUGGUCCUCAAUCCGCUGCUCGUUAUUGCCGUCAUUGUGGUUUUUUCUGUGAGUACACCGUACGGCAAUGAGGUAUCAGAGCACGGGUUCCGUGCAGGCUUCUUUGACCUGCGGCUGAAGGAUUCCGAGCGGUUGUUGAGUGCUAUUGGCAAUGGGGGACAAAAACAAGAAGCGCUGGCAGUGGAGUUUUUUGCCGGGGGAGGUGCAUUGGCGCUGCGGAACGCAUACGACUCGUACCUGACGUGCAGGGGCGGGCGGGCUUACUUCACUGUCCGUACCGAUGCCACCGCAAAGGAACUAUGGAAGCCUAGGAUCCUUCCUGACGGGACGAUGGCUCUGUUAUCGUUGGCCUCGGAUCGGUAUCUGCGCGUGGGGGAGCGAGCACUGUGGUGCGAUGCCAGCAGCGAUAAGCAGGCUGCUAAGUGGGAGCCUCACAUGGCGACGCGGAGGGAGGAGUUGCAUGGGGCUGGAAGGCUCUACAGUGUGUUGGACCAGGACUACUUCAUCAUGAACCCGACGCUCUUUAACUGGAGUGAUAUCCCUCCAUUCAUUGUGGGUGGUGUUGUGUUCGACAACUGGCUGACGUCCAAGGCGGUCAUCAUGGGGGAGGAGGAUGAGGCGAUGACACUAGACGCCACAAGGACACUGAUUUGA